GCUUAGCACUUCGCUUCUGGUAUCCUCUUCCUAAUCCUCUCCUAACAUCUCACCCAUCCUCCGCUCCCCUCCGCUCACUUUUUCUAUCUGCGCAAUGAAGCUCUUUUCUCUCACGACGUCAGUCGGCGUUGCUCUGGCUCUACUUGGCACCGCCUCGGAGGUCAUCAGCACUCCCCUCUUUAUCCCAACGCGCCAACAACAGGUGGAUGGAGCUGCACGAAUCAUCAGCUCCAAUCCUCUCUUGGUGAAGCACUGCAAGGCCUAUCUCAAAGCAAACAAGUACCAGGACAAACUUACGACGGUGACCACGACCGCAACGGUCACCGCAACAUCCACGCCUGCCGCUACCACUCUUACCGCGACAGAGACGGCAACCACAACGACUACGACAACCGUGUCUGUCACCCCCAGCCUCUUCUAUCCCAACAAUGCACCGCCAGGCGAGACCUACGCCGCUCGUCGUCGCGAUCUCGAACCUCGAGGCGCAAAGUACGUCGUGCCCGUGCCCGCACCCCUCAAACCAUGGGCCAGCAUCAUCUUCGACGCCUGCGUCAAAGCCGUCUAUCCGCCACCCCGGCCCACGAGCACUGUGACAUCUACCGUGACAGUCUCGACGACUCUGGCUGCUGCAACCGUCACGACGACGACCACAACGACGUCGACCCAGACGGCGACUACGACGACGGUCGUAGGAGGCCUGCAGUCCGCAUCCCCUCCUCCGCCUGCCAAAGCGGGAGAUGUCGUCAGCUAUUUCCGCGUGGAGGGCACUGAUCGCACCAUUUACGAAGGCUACGUGAGCACCAGCGGCAAAGAUAUCACCACACCAAGCGGAGGCACCCACAGAUGCGACGGCACCAACAACAAUGCCAACAGCUUUCCAAGCGGAACGUUCACUACGCUCAUCAACGAUGCUCCUCUCGACUUCGACGGAAGUUAUUCUAAUCAAUUUUCAGACUUCUUCAUCACCUCGAUAGGUGGUCUGGCUCAAACUGGCAGCAAGUUUUGGGGCGUUCUCCGCAAUGGCGUCUUCACCAAUGCAGGUGGCUGUCAGGAGCAGGUUUAUCCCAACGCCAAUGAUGAAGCAAUGUGGCUCUACGACGCUUUCCAGAGCAACAAGGCGCUUCUGAGAGCCUCGUUGGUGUCAAGCUCUGCACUCUUCACCGCCGGGCAGGGCUUUGUCGAUGUCCAAGUGGAUCAGAGAAGUCCAAAUGGUGGCAGUUCGUCACCCGCCGGAUCGGCUACCAUUGGCGGUGUGACAACGAACGGCGACGGACGCGCUUCCAUUCCCGUUCCUUCCACGCCCGGUUACUACGCCUUCAAAGCUACUCGCGGAAAUGACGGCAGGUCAAACUCUGUGCUCAUCUACGUCGUCGGAGCUACCGCUUGAGGAUAUAGCAGGCAUUUUCACAGCCCCCUGACUCCAAGCUUCUUCCCCCCGUAGCGGCCCGCGAACACCCACGACGGUUCUUUCCUCUCCUUUCUUCCUUUGUGCAAAUCUGCUCGCCGAGCGCAGUACCUCCUGCGCAAUCUUGGUC